AUGGUUGUUAUCAACAAGGUCUCCAUUGCCCUUGUGGCCGCUCUGGCUGCUAUGGGCCAGGCUACUCACGAGGGUCUCCACGCUCGUCGUGUCCACCAGGUCCGUUCGGUCAGCGCUGUUGAGGAAUCUACCUCUACCGUUCUCGUUAUCCCUACUCCUGUUGCACCGGCCCCGGAGGCCCCCACUUCUGUUGUGGCUACUCCCGCUGAGUCCUCGUCUGUUGAGCCUUCUGUUGCUCCUUCCGUUGUUUCUACUCCGUCUGUGGCUCCCGUUGCUCCUAGCUCCGCUCCCAGCGUUGUUCCUAGCGCUCCUUCCGUGGCUCCAUCCAGUGCUUCUUCAUCUGUCGUUGCUCCCAGCAGCGCCACCUCAGUCGCUUCCACUCCCAGCGUGAUUGCUUCUGUUGCUCCCGUUAGCACUCCCGGUAGCACUGUUGUUGGUCCUUCCGCUAGUGUUUCUCCCUCUGCCAGUAUUUCUCUUGCUUCAUCCAGCAAGCCUGUUGUCACUCGCACUCCCAUUGGUACUAAGCCUUCUGGUACUCCUUCCGGCCGUCCCUCGGGUAUCUCCUCUGGCUUGAGCAGUACCGUGUCUGCUCCUGCUGGCACCGCCGCUCCUGGCGAAGGCUCUGUGACUACCAGCGCUGUCACCCUUACCUACACCGUGGGCUCUGGCACCUCGACUAGCGUCAUUACUACCACCAUCUACAAGACUUACACCCAGGAACACACCGUCACUGCCACUGAGACCGGCGCCGACUCCCAAGUUACCGCUACCAAGCCUACUGAGGACACCACCGACACUGUCACCUCUACUCUCCACUCCACCAAGACUGAGACUGUCACUCUUGUUGAGGUUCCCACCUCCUCUGGCGAGGCUGGCACUGGCAGCGACUCCGGUGCCUGCAAGCCAGUUACUGUUACCGCCACUGUCACUGAGACUGUGACUGCUGGCUCUACCGAGACCUCUGCUCCCGUCAACCACCAGGGAGGCGGUAAUGGCAGCGGUUCUGGUGAAGGCAACGGUGAGGGUUCCAAGAGCACCUCCACCGAGACUGUCGCUCCUCUCCCUGCUACCACCAGCGUGUCCACUCGUAUCCCUGCCCCUGGUGCCCACACCCACACCCCUCACACCCGCACUCGCACUCCCUCAAGCAGUGGAUUCGCGACCCGCACCCCUUCCUCUUCCGCCGGCAUCAAGCCGCUCCCCACUUCCGCCGGCAAGCCUGCUCCCAGCGGCAUUCCCAGUGGCAAGCCUAGGCGCCACUUCUUCUAA